AUGGAACGCAUGUUCGCCGCUCCUUUUAUAGGGCAAUUAGGUCAAGGACAUGUGGAUGGGGUCUAUUCUAUGGCGAAGGACCCAGGAUCCUUGGAGAGAUUGGCCAGUGGGAGUGGCGACGGCGUGGUCAAAGUAUGGGAUCUCAGCAGUCGCGAUGAAGUCUGGAGUGUAAGGGCUCAUGAAAACGUGGUCCGGGGACUAUGCUGGACUCCUGAGAGAAGAUUGUUGUCUUGUGCGACUGACAAAACAGUCAAAGUAUGGGAUCCCUACAACAGUGAGAAGAGUGGCGUUCCUCUGGCAACCUACCUGGGUCAAGGCGCCUUCACAAGUAUCUCGCACCAUCGCGAUCAUCCUUCGUUCGCUGCCGCCUCCAGUUCCAUAUCUAUCUAUGACCUGUCGCGACCCUCCUCAGGCCCCUCACAAGUACUUCGGUGGCCAACAUCGACUGACACCAUCAAUGCCGUCGCAUUCAACCAGACCGAAACAUCCAUCCUAGCCUCGGCCGCGCUCGAUCGAGCGGUUGUACUCUACGAUCUUCGCACAUCCUUACCAUUGUCGAAAGUUGUUCUCCGAUUAGCCUCAAACGCUAUAUCCUGGAAUCCCAUGGAAGCAUUCAAUUUUGCCGUGGCAAACGAAGAUCACAACAUCUAUAUUUUUGAUAUGAGGAAGCUCGAUAGGGCGCUAAAUGUCCUAAAAGACCAUGUCGCAGCAGUCAUGGACGUCGAGUUUGGCCCGACUGGAGAGGAGCUGGUCAGUGCUUCCUAUGACCGAACAGUUCGUUUAUGGAAUCGCGAUCGAGGACAUUCAAGGGAUGUGUACCAUACCAAGCGCAUGCAAAGAGUAUUCUCAUGUCGCUUUACGCCCGACAAUAAUUACGUUCUGUCUGGCUCAGAUGAUGGUAAUGUCCGACUCUGGCGGGUUGACGCCUCUAGCCGCCAGGGUGUCAAGUCGGCCAGACAACGGCAGAAACUCGAAUACGACCAGGCAUUGAUCCGGAGAUAUGCUCAUAUGCCCGAGAUUCGACGCAUCAAGCGGCACAGACACGUGCCGAAGACUGUCAAGAAAGCUGGCGAGAUCAAAGGUGAGGAGCUCAAGGCGAUUAAAAGGAAGGAGGAAAAUGUUCGAAAACACAGCAAAAAGGGGAGUAUGCCUCGCCACAGUGAGAGGGAAAAGAUGGUCCUUGGGACCGAGAAGUGA